AUCAGGUUACAAACGCACAUGUCCUCCAACUGUGAUGGAGUGACUCUUAUCCAACCAAAUUAGCAGAGACUAGGACAGCCACAUGAACCACAAAACCACAGAGUGCUGUAAAAAACCAUACACGAUCGCGCCCCACGUCAGAAAUGGACAGCAGCAGUUUCAUUCAGUUUGACGUGCCUGAGUACAGCAGCACUGUUCUGAGCCAGCUCAACGAGCUCCGCCUCCAAGGGAAGCUAUGUGACAUCAUAGUCCACAUCCAGGGUCAGCCCUUCCGCGCCCACAAGGCGGUCCUCGCCGCCAGCUCCCCCUACUUUCGGGACCAUUCAGCACUGAGUACCAUGAGUGGCUUGUCGAUAUCCGUCAUUAAAAACCCCAACGUCUUUGAGCAGUUGCUUUCCUUCUGUUACACUGGAAGAAUGUCCCUGCAGCUGAAGGACGUUGUCAGCUUUCUGACAGCCGCCAGCUUUCUCCAGAUGCAGUGUGUCAUCGACAAGUGCACGCAGAUCCUAGAGAGCAUUCAUUCCAAGAUCAGCGUGGGUGAUGUCGACUCAGUUACGGUUGGGGCUGAGGAGAAUCCUGAGAGCAGGAACGGAGUGAAAGAUGCCAGCUUCUUUGCCAGCCCAGUGGAGAUCUCCCCUCCCUACUGCCCCCAAGCCCGGCAGCCCGCCGCUGAACUCCGGAUGGAGACAACGCCCAGCAAAUCCUUGCGCAGCCGCCUGCAGGAGGAGGGCCACUCAGACCGCGGGAGCAGCGGGAGUGUGUCUGAGUAUGAGAUUCAGAUAGAGGGGGAUCCCGAACAAGGGGACCUGCUGGUGAGGGAGACCCAGAUCGCCGAGGUAAAGGUGAAGAUGGAAAAGUCUGACCGGCCCAGCUGUUCCGACAGCUCCUCCCUGGGCGAUGACGGGUACCACACCGAGAUGGUUGAUGGGGAACAAGUUGUGGCCGUGAACGUGGGCUCCUAUGGCUCUGUGCUCCAGCAUGCCUAUUCCUACUCCCAUUCCCAGGCGGCCUCCCAGCCAGCCAGUGUCCCUGAAGCUUUUGGGGGCUUGAGUAAUUCCAGCCCAUCCAGGUCCAUGCUGAGCUGUUUCCGGGGAGGGCGUCCACGCCAGAAGCGUGCUUUGUCCGUGCACCUGCACAGUGACCUGCAGGGAGUGGUGCAGGGCUCUGACAGCGAAGCCAUGCUGAGCAACCCCGGGUACGAGAGCAGUCCCCGGGAGAGGAGUGCCAGGGGUCACUGGUACCCGUACAACGAGAGGCUGAUCUGCAUUUACUGUGGGAAGUCCUUCAACCAGAAAGGAAGCCUUGACAGGCACAUGCGCCUCCACAUGGGCAUCACCCCCUUUGUGUGCAAGUUCUGCGGGAAGAAAUACACCCGGAAGGACCAGCUGGAGUACCACAUCCGGGGCCACACUGACGACAAACCCUUCCGCUGUGAGAUCUGUGGGAAGUGCUUUCCAUUCCAAGGUACCCUCAACCAGCACCUGCGCAAGAACCACCCGGGCGUUGCCGAAGUCCGGAGUCGCCUGGAGUCCCCCGAGAGAACAGACGUGUACCUGGAGCAGAAACUCGAGAACGAUGCAUCGGCCUCUGAGAUGGCCCUCGAGUCCCGGAUGGCAAUUCACACAGUGUCUGAGGCCCCCGAGUGAGACACGAGGAGGGCCCCCAGACAAAGCACACUCAUCGACGCGUAUUUGUGAUUUGCUUUGUUGUCAUCUUUGCUUUUCCCAGCCAUCUGGAAAUCUCUCGGUCUCUUGGCAGUUUUUCCGAAGUUUCUGGAUGGAAUACUUAGUUGUGUUUAUCCUUUCCCCAGCCCCCCGCCCCCCAAGGAGCUCAAAGCAUGAAGGGCAACGUAUCCAGGGAAAACACAGGCUGACAGUAUUCCUCUUUGGCUGAACUCUUAAUCCCCAGUCUGCUAGUGAUUGAGCUCUGCCAACCGGUUGAGCCUCCAUCCCCUGCCAAGAGGCAGACUCUCUCUCCGUGUGCUGGCACCAGGCGUUUCCACGGAGAGAGACGAGGAUGCCGUCAGCUGAUACAAAUGG